AUGGAAAAUAGUAUACCAUACAACUUAUACAUAAAAAAGAGAAAUAUAUAUUCAUUGGAAGAAAAUCAUAAUUUAAACUUGAAUUCAUUGAAAAGUAAUGAUACAUAUCAAGUUAAAUUAAGACACAAAUAUGUUCAUGGAUACCAGUCUGAAAAAAAUAAUAUCCUUAAAUUUUUACAGAACAAAUUUAUCUACCCAAUAAAAAAUUUAAUAGUUAUAUAUGAUUUAAUAAACAGAGACCAAUUCAUUUUUUCUCAUCACACUAAUCAGGUAUUUUUGAUAAGAUGUAGAGAAAAAAACAGAACUGUUGUUAGUGCUGAGGAAGAGAAAAGAAAAAUAAAAAUAUUUGUAUGGAAUAAAUUAACUUUAGAAAUAUUAAGUGAGAUAAAAAUAAAAAAGGAAAACUUUAUCGACAUCGAUUAUUUAAAUGAUAAGAAUAUCAUAUUACUUUGUAAGUACAAUGACAAAUUAAUCCUUUGUAUAAUUUCAUUAAUAUAUAAAAAUAAAGAAAUAAGAUUGAAUAAAAAAUGUGUCAGUGUUAUAAAAUGCUUGAAUGAUUUUUAUAUACAUGUAAAGACCGAAAAAACAAAAGGAAAAGAUCAUGAUGAUGAAUAUUUUGGAAAAUGUAAGACAGGGUUACCUAUAGAAAAAAAUGAUCUUUCUAAAGAAAAAGGAUCUAUAUAUUGUAUAAAAAAUAUUAAGAAUAUAAAUAAAAGAUAUGUUAAACAAAAUAGGAUAUACUCAACUUUAAAUGAAAUUAUGAAAAAAAAAAAAAAAAAAAAAAAAAAAAAAAAAAGAAGAAGAAAAAAAAAAGAAAAAGAAAAAGAAAAAGAAAAAGAAAAAGAAAAAUUCGUAACAAAUAUAUCAUUAUGUAAUUAUAAUUUUUCUUAUUGUAAAGAAAAUCAAGAAAGAUUUAUAUUAAUAGACACAUUAAAAAAAAAGAAAUUAUUCAAGAAAUCAAUUUUGAAAAAGAUAAAAAAUCAAAAGGAUCUUAUGAAUAUAAUACAUAUAAAAAGUAAGAAAUAUCAUCAUAUUAAUUUCUCUUCUUAUUAUAUAAAAUUUUUAAAACCCUUAUUCAAUAAGAAUAAAUAUUAUAAUAAAUCUUUAUAUAAAAAUAUGAAAAUAGUAGUUGAUAUAAAUGAAAAUGUAUGCAUAUAUAAUGAUCAUUAUAUAUUUGUAUAUAUAAUAAAAGAUUACAACAUUUAUGAGAGAUUAAAAUAUAAAAAUUUUAAAUGUCCUCUUUUUUCAUCUGAUCAUAUGUUUUAUUUAAGAAAAGAAAAUUUUUAUUUUUUUUACACAUUUUAUUUUGAAUUGUUUAUAAAUAGUUAUUUAUAUAAUCGUUAUGUGUGUUUGAAGAAAUAUAACGAUAAAUGUAAGAUCAAAAAAAAUGAAGAAAAUUAUGAACAGGUUGAUGAAGAUGAAGAAAAAAAAUAUGUACACUAUAAAAUAGGGGGAAAUUAUUUUAUAAAUGAUGAGGCAGACCAUAUGAAAAAAACAAAAAUUUUGAUAGGUUCAAAUGAAUACAACAAAAAUUGUUUAAAUAUAUUCAACAGUACAUUUGUAUAUAAAAACUAUAUGGACGUUGAAUGUACAAACUUGUUUUUACAUAAUAAUAAUAAAUAUGAUAACAAAUAUGAUAACAAAUAUGAUAACAAAUAUGAUAACAAAUAUGAUAACAAAUAUGAUAACAAAUAUGAUCACAAAUAUGAUAACAAAUAUGAUCACAAAUAUGAUAACAAUUGUAAUAAUAAAUAUGAUUAUUAUUAUAGCAGUGAACACUAUUAUCCAUUUCCUCCUUUCUUUAAUAUCCAAAUAAAUGUUGUAGAAAUAUUCAAUUUUGUGUGCACUGAAAAUUCGGAUAAUAUAAACGUUAUUUUCAAAAUUAAAGAUGAAUAUGGAAAGAAAAGACGUGCUAAUAAGAAUAGGAUAGGUACUGAACAACAAAAAAAGAGAGAUUCUAAUAAAAUAAUAAAAAGCAGAAAUAAUAGGAAUCAUAAAAUAAAUACUCCUAAUCAAUUAUCCAAUAAUAUGAUAAUAAAAAAAAAAAAAAAAAAAAAAAAUCGCAUCAUGAAAAAAUAUCUUGUUAUAGGAACAAAAAACGGAAUGAUUAUAAUUAACGAUUUUUUAAAACCUCAUAAAAUAAUACAUUUAGAAAAAAUAUGUAAUGAACCCAUCGUGUCAAUUUUUAUUUUUCAAAAUGAUAUGUUAAUAUUAAAUCGUUCUGGCAUUCUAUUUUUUAUGGAUAUUCAUAAUUUUGUUAUAUAUAGGGAUAUUGAUAUAUUUUCUUCUCUGGAACAUAAAACAAAAAAUUUAUCAUAUGAAAAUUGUAAUAAUAAUAUUAAAAAGAAUUGUACGUAUAAUUCUGAAGAGACAACACAAUUUAUCAAUGGUAAAAAAAUAUGUGAUGGUAAAAAAAUAUAUGAUGGUAAAAAAAUAUAUGAUGGUAAAAAAAUAUAUGAUGGUAAAAAGACAUGUGAUGGUAAAAAGACAUGUGAUGGUAAAAAAACAUGUGAUGGUAAAAAAACAUGUGAUGGUAAAAAGACAUGUGAUGGUAAAAAAACAUGUGAUGGUAAAAAAACAUGUGAUGGUAAAAAAACAUGUGAUGGUAAAAAAAUAUGUGAUGGUAAAAAAACAUGUGAUGAUGACGAAACAUUUGAUGAUGACGAAACAUUUGAUGGUAAAAAAACAUGUGAUGAUGACAAAACAUUUGAGGAUAGUAACAACUUACCGUACCAUCAUAGUAAUAACUUAUCAUGUGAUACUUUUGAGGGUAAAAGAAUUGUGAACCCAAUGUGUGAUAAGAAUUAUAAUUAUGGUUAUAAAGAAUCAUAUAGAACAUUGAAAAAGAGAUACAUAAAUUCUUUUUGUCAGUUGAAUAUGUAUACAAUAUUGAUUGGAACUAGUUAUAAUGAAAUAAUAAUAUAUAAUUUAUUAUGUGACGAGUUAUGUUAUAUAUACGAGAAGAAUAAUAAAAAAAUUAGUUCGUAUAAUAUACAUAAUAAUAAUAUUAUUUAUAGUAUAGAAAAUUGUUUGUACAAAAUGAACUUAAAGAAUUAUGAUACAAUAAAAUUAUUAUGUUUACCUAGAAUUUAUAUUAGUUCAUUUGUUUUUUAUUCAGACAAUCUUCUGAUAUGCGGUUCGUUUAAGGGGAACUUAUAUUUUAUCGAUAUAUGUAAUAAUAAUAACAUAAAAAUAAUAAAUAGAAUUAGAAAAGAAGAUUUCGUAGGAAAGAAAAGAAUGAGGAUACAUAAAGAGAAGGAAGUUCUUUUUGUUUUUAAUAAAAAGAUUAUAAAUAAUAAAUAUAUAAUAAAUAAGACCAAAUCUGACAAUAGUGUAAAAAUAUAUAAUGAGGAAGAUAUGAAAAAGAAUAAUAAAAUAAUAAGUAUACAUUUAAAUAAACAUAAAAAUAUAUUAAUAUGUUCCUUUACAUAUUGUAUAUAUAUAUAUAAAUUAAAUAUAUCAGGGAAUGAAAAAAUUGAUUUAAGAUGUAUUUCUUAUCUUUCAAUAAAAAAUAUUAUUCAUAUCCAUGUUAUAAAAAAUAUGGAUAAUUUAUUUUAUAUUACUACAAGAGAUGAUGAAAAUAUAUAUUCCUAUAAUUAUUAUUUAUGUUCCAUGAAUCCUAGUAAAAUAAAAACAAACAAAAUGAAGCCUCUAUAUUUUAAUAUAUUAUUUCAGAACACUUGGUUUUAUGAAUUCUUUUACUACAAUCAUAAGGAUGACAACAAUUUUUUGUUUCUCGAAAAUAAUUGCCAUGAUGAACGAAAGAAUAAAAGUUUAAUACUUUUAGAUGAUUCCAUAUUUAUGAUAUAUACAUAUUGUAUAAAUAAAAAUAGACAACCUUUCGAGGAUACCUAUUAUAAGAAAAAUAAUCUUAUGAAUGUUAUAAAUACGUCACAUGAUAUUAAGAGAAAUGAGUCCAUAGGUGGUAAACAAAAAAUAUAUAAAAAUAAUAAAAAUAAUGAAAAUAAUGAAAAUAAUGAAAAUAAUGAAAAUAAUGAAAAUAAUGAAAGCACUGUUAAUACUUCUUGUGAUGAUUAUCUAGACUCAACAAAUCAAGUAAAGAACACCUUUCCCUUUAAUAAUAAUAAGAAGAAGAAGAAAAAAAAAAAAAAGAAUAUUAUUCAUGGUAAAAGAAAUGAACAAAUGGAUAAUUCAUUUAACAAGUUCUUAUCAUUAAUACAUAUAAGUAAUAAUUGUAAGGCACAUGCAUCGAAUAAAUCAAAAAAAAAUGAUAAAAUAAAAAUUGUAAAGCAUAUUCCUCAAGUUGUAAAAUCAUUUAAAAGAAGAACGAAUAUGUGCAAAAUGAAUAAUAUAAAAAAGGACAUAUCAUUUUUAAGUAUCAUAAAAAACAAGGAAGAAAAAAAAAAAAUUAUAUAUAACUUUCAUAGAAAUGGAGAAUCAUAUAAUGUAGUAUCCAAAGGUGUUUCCAUUCCCAUUCCCAUUCCCGUUAUGUUAAAAAAUAAAUCGUUAAACGUUAGAUACGAAAAGGAGCAUUUAAGAAAAAAAAAUGAAGAAAAAGAAGAUUGUUCAAAAGAAGAAUUCUUAAAAAAAAUGAAAAUAAUAAAAAAUAAAAAUAAUAAUAAUAAUAAUAAUAAUAAUAAAAUAAAUAAUCAUUACGUAACAUAUAAAUUGUUAAAAAGUAUGUUGAAAAGAAAAAAGAAUAUUUACUUGUGUGAGAGUAAAAAAUUGAAUUGUAAACACGAUGAUGAUAUUAUUAAAAAAGAUACGUCAUUUAUAAGAAGAGGAAUUAAUAAUGAAUCGUAUAUAAGAGAUGAUAUUUAUUUAGGAAUAAAUGAAAAAAAAAAUGAAAUCCAAAGAAAAAAUUUUAGACCUAAUAUUGAAGUAAAUAAAGAAAUAGUAGAAAUCGAACAAUUUUGUAAUAGGGAGGAUGAUUUAUGCUUGAUAAAUAAUGAUGAAAUAAAUAAUUUGAGUUAUUGCAUAGAUAAAGAAACAAAAUUAAGAACGAAAGGUUUAGGAUAUAUACAGAAUUAUUUGAAGAAAUAUAUGAAUACAGAUAUUAGGAUGAAAGGGGAAUUCCGAGAUAACAUAAUACAUCGUUCUUCUAAUAGCAUAAAACAUAUAAAUAGUAAUUUAUAUAAAAUAAGUCCACAAAAGCGUGAUACAACUAAUUACAUGGUAGAAAAGGACAAAUUUAUUAAUAGUUCUCAUGUGAACAAUUAUGUGCAUAGCAUGUUGAUAAGGUUACCACAAAGGGAGAGCAUUACAUAUAUUGAAAAAAAGAAGAAGGACAAAAUUCAUAUAACAAAAUAUAAUGCUUAUACGAAAUUAAUUAAAAAAGGAGAAGGUGAUAAAAAAUAA